CUUAAGAAAAUAAUUUUAUUUAGUAGGAGACCGGAAUUUAUCAAUCAGUACACAGAAAAACACUUUCAUAAAAACUAAAACCAAGAACACGGCAUUAAAAUGACUGACUUUAGCAUUAUAAAGUUCAAUAACUAUCAGGAAUAUCUGCAUUCCUUCACCACCGUCCAGGACUUUCGCUACUUGCCAAGUCACAAAACUGUCAAAACACUCACGAAACUAGGAUACCGCGAACAUAGGAGUUUCUAUGAGGAGGACGAGUUCUUGGGUGUUAAAAAACAGGUGGAGCAAUUGUUGAAUCCCACCGUCUCUUCCAUGGUAUACUAUAGUCAGUAUUUCAAAGGAACAGAUCCAGCUCUGGUUGCUUUGGUGGAACGGGAACAUGUCAAUGUUCAGCAGGAGAUAUCGGUUGACCAUUAUCUUCUUGGAGAUAAGUGGAAGGAGUGGCUUUUCCAAGUCUGGCUAUAUUGAUUACGAGGCCAGUUUACGUAAUUACAGGUUCAAAGGGCCGAAUGCUGUUGACUGGAAAGCAGUUUUCGAGGAGCGGAAAAUGCUCAAGCCCCAGCAAAGUGAUAUAGUCUUCUACGAUUGGCGAACCAGGAAAAUCUUUUCAAAUGACAAUGACAAUUAUACAGUGGUCUCCCACCCAGAACAUGGACUAAUGUUUACCCACAAGGGCGAUCAUAAAAACAUUCCGGUUACCAGUAAGAAACAUCCAUUUAGCAGCAAUGUCAGACGCAUUAUGAUCAAGUCACCACUUUAUGGUUAUAUGAUAUUGUAUGACCAUCAUGUCAGAAAGAAGACUUAAAUGAUUAAAUGAUUAAAUGAGUCGAAUAAUAUACGCUUAAAAGUUA